UGACGUGUGCGGACGUGUGUCUUCUCCUCUCUGUCUUUUGUAUCGCAGUCGUGUGAAACGGGCCAAGUGAAGCAAAACAUAAAUAUUCAAAGAAAAAUAUAUAUAAAUAUCAUAAAGAAAAUAUAUAUCGAAAGCAAGAAUAUAUGAAAGUGUUUAAAGUGCUGACAAUGUGCAGAAACAAACAUGAAGUGUUACAUAUUGAAAUGCAUUGAUAUCAAACAGUGCUAAAAACAAAGAUUAAAGCCAAGUCAAAGGCAAGCAAAAGUAUCAACCACAAUUGCAAUUGCAAUUCUAAUAUUAAACAACACAAUCGAAGCUAAAGCAAAGGCCAACGCCAUGGCAGCACUCGCUUAUAAAUGGAUUAAAAACAACAACAACAACAGCAGACAGUCAACAACACAGCUGCAAUGGUUGCUGUCGCGCUCAGCAAUAUUGCUGCUGGUUGUGCUCAGCAUGUUGCCGCUGCACGCCAGCAGCAACAGCAUCAACAGCAGCAAUAGCAACAGCAGUAGCGACAACUUGGAGGAGUUGGGCGUGGCGACAAGACCACUGAAACUCGAGAUGGAGCAACAGCAAGCAAACUCUUUGCCCGCCGACAGCAGCAGCAGCAAUAAUUUAAUACAGCGCAAGUAUUUGGUGAUGCAUGCUGCUCUCAAUGGCGCCACUGGCAGCAACAGCAACAACAACAACCAAAACAACAACGAUCACAGUCGCUCGUUGAAGCGCGUUUCGUUGACCAACUCGAGCAUCACGUGCAACGAUGGAACUCACGCUGGAUUCUAUCUGCGAAAGCAACCAAACUCCAAGAAAUGGAUUGUGUUCCUCGAAGGUGGUUGGCAUUGCUUCGACAAUCGCUCGUGUCGUGCUCGCUGGAUGCGUCUGCGUCACUUGAUGACCAGCUCCCAGUGGCCAGAGACCAGAGAUGUUGGUGGCAUUUUAUCACCGCAUGCCGAGGAGAAUCCUUAUUGGCACAAUGCCAAUCAUGUCCUAGUUCCUUAUUGCAGCAGCGAUUCCUGGUCAGGAACUCGCACUGAACCCGAUUCACGUGAUCUGGAGAACAAUUGGCGCUUCAUGGGCGCCUUGAUCUUACGGCAAGUGAUUGCUGAUCUCAUUCCCUUGGGUUUGGGUCGCGUUGCUGGCGGAGAACUCUUGCUCGUUGGCUCCUCAGCUGGUGGUUUAGGUGUCAUGCUCAAUCUGGAUCGUGUUCGCGAUUUCCUCGUCAACGAACGCAAGCUUCAGGUCACAGUUCGUGGUGUCAGCGACUCGGGUUGGUUCCUGGAUCGUGAACCUUACACUCCAGCUGCUGUCGCCUCCAGCGAGGCUGUUCGUCUUGGUUGGAAACUGUGGCAAGGACUCCUGCCCGAGGACUGCACCAAGGCACAUCCCACCGAGCACUGGCGCUGCUACUUCGGCUAUCGAUUGUACCCCACGCUAAAGACUCCUCUGUUCGUGUUCCAGUGGCUCUUCGACGAGGCGCAGAUGCGAGCGGACAACGUUGGCGCUCCUGUGACUCCUCAGCAAUGGAACUACAUCCACGACAUGGGCGGAGCUCUGCGCUCCUCGCUGGACAAUGUGAGCGCUGUGUUUGCUCCCAGUUGCAUUGGCCACGCGGUGCUCUCGAAACGCGAUUGGGUGAACAUCAAGAUCGAUGAUAUUUCGCUGCCUGCUGCGCUGCGUUGCUGGGAGCAUUCAACACGCCAGCGACGCAAGCGACACGACAAACUCAAGCGAUCCACGGAGGCAACCACAACAGCAUUGCAACAGCAACAGCAACAGGAGCAACAUCCGAACCAAAGACAUCAGCAUCAGCAGCGACAUCGUCAGCAUCGCCUGCAGAAGCUGAACAAUGUGGAGGAGUCGGUGAAUCAAUCGAAUCCACAACGAAAACGCAAUCAUCUGAGCAAAGAACAACGCGAGGAGCGAAAACGCAGGCGGCAGCAGCGUCAAGAGCGACAGCGACGCAAGCAGCGACGUCGCCAGCAGCAACAGCAGCGCAAACGUGAAAACGAAGCCAACAACCAAAAGUUGCAGCAGCGACAUCGCCAACCGCUGACAGCAGAGCAGCAAGUGGAGAGAAAGCAACAACGACAGCAGCAGCGACGUCGCAAGUUGCAACAGCAGCAGCAGCAGCAGCAGCAACAGUUGCAGCAGAAACAGUUGCUGCAGCAGGAGCAGCCAAGCAGCGAGCCGCAAAAGCGACGCGCUUCGAACAGCGCCUCGAAGCCGGCAACAAAAUCGAAGCAGCGACAACGUUUGCCACGAGUGCCAGAGAAAUGCGGAUUGCGGUUGCUCGAACGUUGCAGCUGGCCACAGUGCAACCAUUCGUGUCCCACGCUCACGAAUCCAUUGACAGGCGAAGAGAUGCGCUUCCUAGAGCUGCUCACUUCCUUUGGCCUGGACAUCGAAGCAGUGGCUGCUGCUUUGGGUGUUGAUAUGCAUACUCUAAACAACAUGGAACGCACCGAACUCGUGAAUCUGCUGACGCAACAAGUCAGCUGAAAGAGAAAGAGAG